AUGUAUCAAAGGCUUGAUACUGCCUGUACAAAGCUUGGGAUGCAUCGAUGCAUCGCGGAAGUCGGUCCAAGCAACUUGCUGAUUUGCCCACCAAAGAGCCGUCCCACAAUGGCACAAGAUUCGACAUAUACGACGCCCCAAAGAUGCAGGUUGAGGCGGUGCGGAUGUCGGUCAAGCCGCACUGAUCUGCCACCGAACAGCCACUCCACGAUGGAGCAAAGACUCAAUGUCAUAUAG